AUGGAAAAAGCCAAAGUGAGGGAACCUCUCGUACCAUGUGUCCUGCUGGAUAUGCGUGUCCCAAUGCUCGCCACUACUACUCUUCCCGUACUUGUGGACCCAUCCCGACCCAUUGUGGCCCUCCCCCCAAGUACGGUUCCAACGGUCCCCGUAUUUGCCCUCCCACCAUGUCUCCCCUUGCUUAAGCCCACACCCAUCAGGCCCAAAGUGUUCAUCCCACUUGUCGCCCCAUUUGGCCCAACCGUCCCCCUCGAAACGCUCGGCCCAUUUGUCCGUGUACUUCACACUUCCACCUUGCCCGUCAAACUUCUCGCCCCACCUAUUGUGAACGUAUUGGCGAAUGCUUAG